AUGUCUGUUCUUAGCUUUUCUCACGAGGCGACGCGGAAAGUUCCCUUCGAAGUCCACAUCGAAAGCCGCUGCCCCGACACCCGAGACUGUCUGCAAAAGCUCGUAGCCCCUGCAUAUUGGCAAGUGGAAGAUCAAGUGGAUUUCAGAAUCAGCUACGGUUUGGGAAAAGCCAAGAAGAGACACUCUAUCGGUGAUGCCUUGGAUUUCAAUGCCUUCGUGCUAUCGGACUUUGAGCGCGUUUCAGAUAAGGGAUUAAUUGAGGAGUGUGCGCAGGAACAUAACGUCGAUUAUGAGAAGAUCGGUGACUGUGCGAACAGUGAAGAAGGUCUGGAGCUUUUGAUUAGCAGCGUCGCGCGUAGCGUUGCCGUGAAUGCGAAAGCUAGUUGCACUGUUCGUGUGGAUGAUAAGGUGUGGUGCGUUCGGCAUACCUAUGAGUGGAAGUGCCCGCCUGGUCGUGGUGUUGUUGAGAAUUUGGUUCGGGAGAUUAAGAAGUUAUCUGGGGAUGGAGAGGACGGCGCUGGAUAA